UUUACAUAUUCGUUGCGCCAUAUGGUGGAGGUUGAGUCAUGGUGAAGGUAGAUUCAGAUCGAUUAGAAUCCAUAUAGUAGGAGAAUGUGAGAAAUUGUAAUGAAAAAGCAAGAGUGAAAAAUGAGACAGAAGCGAGAGAAAGAGAAAGAGAAUGAAUGAAAGAGAAAAAGGAAGCAAAAGAGAGCACAUAAACGAACGCGAAGACGAGUGAAAGAGAGGGAGAGAGAGGACUAUUGUCGAGCAUAUUUCUAUUACUUUCUUGAAAUUCGGACCAAGAUUUAACCAGCGUUUGUGUGUUCAAAUGGUAAAGUGUGUUCUUGGUUGCGGUCCAGCUAGCGGAUGAGGACUGGCUGACGCCUAGCCUUCUAGUGUGAUGGUAAGCAAGUACACCCCACCAACAGGAACAACUUCUACAGCAACAACAGUUACCACCACCAUCACCACCAUCAUUUCCUCCUCCACUACUACUACCACCUCCAACAACAACAACAACAACAACAACAAUAACAACAUUUCCGUCAUCAUCGAUGCACAAUCGACCGCGACAGCAAAAGCAGUAGAAUUCAUGCCACUUCCGGCUUGACGACACGCGAGUCGAAAGGCAGUAAUCACGAAAAACAGAUAACACUUGUUUAGUAAAAACGAAGAAACAAAGUGAGAAAUAAAAAAAAUAGUAAUUAAGAAUCAUAAUUCUAGGUAAUUUUGCGCAAGAUGCA